AUCCCCGUCCCCGCCGCGGCGGCGGGCGCCACUCACCCGCCGGUGUCUGGGCGGCAGCGGGAGGAUGCGGGCGGGCCGGGAGGCGGCGGCGGCGGCGGCCGAGGAGGAAGCGGCGGCGGCGGCGGGGAGCGAUGCCUCCAAGCGUGGCGGCGGUUCUGCGGGGCGGGCGAGGGGUCGCGGCGGCAAGGGAUCUCCGAACGGCGAAUGCCGGCGGGGGGAGCCGCCGCGGAGCCCCGGUUCCGAGCCACCUCGGGAGCCCAAGGUCUCCUUCUCCUGCGGCGGCGGCGGCGGCUCCGGUUCUCCCGGUGGGGCCAAGGCUGCCGAGGAGGAUGCGGGAGAGGAGGCUCGCGGGAGCCAGGCCAGCUUCAUGCAGCGGCAGUUCGGGGCCAUGCUCCAGCCCGGCGUCAACAAGUUCUCGCUGCGGAUGUUCGGCUCCCAGAAGGCGGUGGAAAGGGAGCAGGAGCGAGUCAAGUCGGCGGGAGCCUGGAUCAUCCAUCCCUACAGCGACUUCAGGUUUUACUGGGACUUCACGAUGCUGCUCUUCAUGGUGGGCAACCUGAUCAUCAUUCCCGUGGGCAUCACCUUCUUCAAGGAGGAGACCACGGCACCCUGGAUCGUGUUCAACGUAGUGUCCGACACCUUCUUCUUGAUGGACCUUGUGCUGAACUUCCGGACAGGGAUUGUCAUUGAGGACAACACGGAAAUCAUCCUGGACCCCGAGAGGAUCAAGAAGAAGUACCUCAAGACCUGGUUUGUGGUAGACUUUAUCUCCUCUAUCCCUGUGGACUACGUCUUCCUCAUUGUGGAGAAGGGCAUAGACUCGGAGGUCUACAAGACAGCCCGUGCCCUCCGCAUCGUCCGCUUCACCAAGAUCCUCAGCCUCCUGCGGCUCCUCCGCCUCUCCCGGCUCAUCCGCUACAUCCAUCAGUGGGAAGAGAUUUUCCACAUGACCUACGACCUGGCCAGCGCGGUGAUGAGGAUCAUCAACCUCAUCGGCAUGAUGCUGCUGCUCUGCCACUGGGACGGCUGCCUCCAGUUCCUCGUGCCCAUGCUGCAGGAUUUCCCCCAGAACUGCUGGGUCUCCAUCAACGGGAUGGUGAACGACUCGUGGAGCGAGCUGUACUCCUUCGCCCUCUUCAAGUCGAUGAGCCACAUGCUCUGCAUCGGCUACGGGAAGCAGGCGCCCGAGAGCAUGACCGACAUCUGGCUGACCAUGCUGAGCAUGAUCGUGGGGGCUACCUGCUACGCCAUGUUCAUCGGCCACGCCACCGCCCUCAUCCAAUCGCUGGACUCCUCCCGACGCCAGUACCAGGAGAAGUACAAGCAGGUGGAGCAGUACAUGUCCUUCCACAAGCUGCCUGCUGACUUCCGCCAGAAGAUCCACGACUACUAUGAGCACCGCUACCAGGGCAAGAUGUUCGAUGAGGACAGCAUCCUGGGGGAGCUCAACGAGCCCCUGCGCGAGGAAAUUGUGAACUUCAACUGCCGCAAGCUGGUGGCUUCCAUGCCGCUGUUUGCCAACGCGGACCCCAACUUUGUCACGGCCAUGCUCACCAAGCUGAAGUUUGAGGUGUUCCAGCCGGGUGACUACAUCAUCCGCGAGGGCACCAUUGGCAAGAAGAUGUAUUUCAUCCAGCACGGCGUGGUCAGCAUCCUCACCAAGGGCAACAAGGAGAUGAAACUCUCCGAUGGCUCCUACUUUGGAGAGAUCUGCUUGCUGACCCGUGGCCGGCGCACGGCCAGUGUCCGGGCGGACACCUACUGCCGCCUCUACUCGCUCUCGGUGGACAACUUCAACGAGGUGCUCGAAGAGUACCCCAUGAUGAGACGAGCCUUCGAGACCGUGGCCAUUGACCGCCUUGACCGCAUUGGGAAGAAGAACUCAAUCCUCCUCCAUAAAGUGCAGCACGACCUCAACUCGGGCGUCUUUAACAACCAGGAGAACGAGAUCAUCCAAGAGAUCGUCAAGUACGACCGGGAGAUGGUGCAGCAAGCGGAACUGCAGCAGCACACGGCCAUGUACAGCCCCGUUCAGCCCCAGGUCACCUCUGCCAUCGCCACCCUCCAACAAGCUGUCGCCAUGAGCUUCUGCCCGCAGAUGGCGAGCCCGCUGGUGGGCUCCAUGGCCCUGGGCUCGCCCCGCAUGAUGCGUCGCUUGCAAUACGCCCAAGCCGUGCCCAGCCCCUUCGCCGUCUCGCCCGUCUUGCUACAGCAGAGCCCCCCGCCGCAGCCGCAGCCCCCGGCGCCCCACGCCAACCCUUCGCCCUCGCAGGACCAGGCGCAGCCCAGCACUCUGCCCGCCUCCACCAGCGCCUUUGCUGCCGUGGCCGCCAGCCCACCAUCCCAAAGCCCUCUGGCCAGCCGGACGUUCGCCUACGGAGCCGCCCCGGGGCAGCUGGGCUCCCAGCUCUCCCUCAGCCAGCAGCAGGGUCCCGGCUCGCCCCAGCGCUUGGCCGCCCACAAAAGCACCCAGGCGCUGCACACCAGCAGCCUCAGCCAGGAUUCGCGGCCCCUGUCGGCAUCGCAGCCCUCCCUGCCCCACGGGCUGGCGGCCGGCAGCACCCAGAGCCCUCCGGCAUCGGUACAUGAGUCGUCCACCUCCAUCAGUGGGGGUCCGGCUGCUGCCUCGCCGGGUCCUGGUCCCCCGGCCGCGCUGCGGGGCCAAGCGGCAUCGCGAGGGGCUCCAGCCCACCCGGCAUCGGCAAGCGCGGUGCUUGUGGGGCCACCAGCUUUGCCGCAGGACUCGGCGGCCACCCGCAAGGAUUCGGUGGCCAGCACGCCCGACACGGACCCGGCCAAGUCCAGGCUGUCUUCCAACUUGUGACCUCCGUGCCGUUGCGUGGGGACGAGCAUGACAGAGGGGACCGCAGCAGUGAGUCCCGUCUCGCCCCGUGCCGUCCCGCGCCAGCCCCGCUCCUCGGCUUCCCCCCCAACGCACGCUGCAGAGCGGGGCGGCUGCCGGGGGUGGGCACGGGGUCGCUGUGCCCCUCGCCCACCACGGGGACCGGGCUGACCCCCCCCGGCUACGUCGCCUCCGACCAAAGUCUGGCCUCAUCUCCUGCUCCCUGCGGCAAAGCUCCCGCUGCCCCCCAGCCUCCCCGGCUGCCCCAUAGAAGCCACUGCUGCAUCAUCCCCCGUGAUCAACUCUGUAUAGGAUAUUUAUGACCUGAAUACAGCCCCGUGUGUGUGCAUCCGCAGGACACCUCCCCGGGGCUCUAGGCACGCUGGCCAGCCCCAGCGCAUCAUCCCUGCCUCCUCUCCCACAGACCCGAGGCGAGGGGUGACAGCUCAGGACUGGAGGUAAGUUUCGGGGUCUGAGGGACGGUCACCCGGAGACUCGCGAGCACCCCACGUACACGCUGUGCGCCCCCCUAGCCUGACCCUGGGGGCGAACGCAGCCCGACUUCCCUGUAGUCAGCGUUAGGACAGAGGCAUCGCCGGAGCCUGGGGAUCCAACCCCAGGGGUGCCCCACGGGCGCUGCUGCCCCAUAGGUCCAAGGCUGGGGAAGGCGGACACUUGCGUGUAGCAGCGUAGCUGUGUGCGUGCACUGAUGGACGGGUGGAUGUGUGUGCGCGCGUGUGUGUAUGUAAGUCUCUGCCGAGCACUCCGGAGCCUUCCACGUUGAAUGUAUGCAGCGCCUGCGAGCGAGGGACCACGCGCCAGCCCGGCACCCUGUAGCUGUGCAGCCGGCAGGACAGGGCCCCGCUCCAAGCUUCCACCUUUCCAUCCAGCCCAUCCUGUGCAAUAAAUGUCAGCAACUG